AUGGACUCCAACAAGUUGAACGACUCCAAGAGCGAAAGAGAGAGUAGCACCAAAGCCUCGGAAGGUACCACACCCAACAGCAGUCCCUUUCCACAGCUGCCUCCACGAACUCCACCUCCACCUUCGACUACAGGUUCUAGAACAUUAUCAGAUAGCGAGACGUCACCACCAUCGUCUUCAUCUUCACCGACUUCUCCAUUUCAGCUUCCCUCUUAUAUUCUCCGCAAUCUCACUCCCGUGAAAAAGUCCAAGUGCAAAAAAGACUAUGCUGAGCACCGCAGACGCAGAGCAAACCACAUUUCGAAAAAGAAGGAAAUGCUCAAGCACCGUUCGUUGUCUGUGAUAAAAAAAGUUCACGAUGUUAGAGAACAACGUCGUCAAGCUCUACAACAGCAGAUUGGCAAGUUGGAACUAGACUUGAAGCGGGCUACUUCUAGAAGACACCACUACCUCCAAACUGUGAAAGAAAGAGCAGGCAAUAGUUCAACUCUCGGAUUUCGAAUGUUGAAGCUACCAUCUUCUCUAUCAGAAGAAAACGAAAAUGAACAGGAACAGAAAGAGAAACACAAUGACGAUUCUUCUAGAAUUGUAGACUCCUACAGAAAUGUUCAGUACGACAUGUCCAUAGUGACGCUGAUCCAGAGGUUAGUAAAGACUGCUUUGUACAAACGUUAUCUUAACGUUCUUAAAGAGUCAGGAUUCUUGGAUUGUUUCACUCCGUUCGAGACAUCUAUUUCCUACGCUGAAGGUGUAAGACAACUUAAUAAACCUGAGUCUCGCUUGGUGCGAGCCUUCGUUUAUGUUCUUCAGUACUUACAGGUUCCAGAUCCACUUGGAACUACCCAGCCUUAUUCUGGAUUUCUCUAUGCUUUCAUUCUUCUUUCUGACUAUACAGACUGCAUUUCUGGACAAGCAGACCACCCUGGAUUUAACAGCAACUUGAGUGAUAGCUUCCACGACAAUUCACUAAACAAUUUCCUCUGGCUCCUUAUCUUCAAGCAUGCCAACGAAAUGAUCGAGAACUUCAAAACAGUAGUGGCACAUGGAACAUUAACUACAGAGUUUCUUGAAUCGUGGAAGAACUACUCGUUUCUCUUCAGUAUCUUCAAAUACAACCAUUUCUUCAAUUUGAUAUCUAUUCUCGAUAAGUCCAUUGAAGUCACCAACAAAAUGAUGGCUAUCACUGACGACGGGCUGGUGUCGAGAAAGAAAGCGGAUUUGGAAAAAGAACACAAAUUCCUCGAGAGAUUCCGUAACUCGACCCUGAAGAAGUUAUAUUGCCUGGAAGAAGUUGCUGACUUCCUUGGGAUGGUCGAAAAUGAGCUCAACCUGAUCUUGUACAGUCCUUUGAAUCAGGGAUAUCAUAAAGUACUUAGAGGAAAUAGAGUAUUCAGUUAUCACAACUUUUGGUUUUAUUUCCCAAGAGUUUAUGGUUUGGAGAAUAGUGAUUGGAGACAGUACUGGUUCUUGACUUUCAAAUCACAAAAAAGCACAAGACAGAUUCCAGAGAUGAUAAGAUCAGGCCAUGCUUCAUUAAAAUUGACUUCAAAGAAAACAAAGCUCAUUAGCAUUCAGGAUGUAUUGCAAGUGCUUGGAAAAGAAUCAUAUGAUUCUCAGUAUGAACUCAUGACUAACUCUUUUCUUUUGGGUAUGAGGAUGAAAAACGUCUAUGCUGAAUUGUAUAAGUUCUACAGAGCAUACUCAAAAGUCAAGAUGGACUCUUACCAUCCCAAUAAUAUUGGAUUGGUGAUCGAUAGUAUCUUCAUUCAAGACGGAAGAGCCUUGCUAGUACACUACUUCAAGUUGGUAAUGAAUAUGCUUAAGGAGCCUUGUCAGAAUUCAGAAUUAGUGAUUCUCUCGUCUAACUGUCUUGAUCUUCUAGAAAGAGAGGAAGAAGACUCUAUGGCAGAACUAGUUGAGGUGGUCAAAGAAUUCGAGAUAUCAGUGGCUAAUCUCUGGAUUAACCAAUGUAUCCCGAAAGACUUUGUCCAGUUCCAGAAGUUUGAAAACGCAUACAUUCUAACACACGCUGAAAACUUUUCCCGUGUACGUUCCGUCAUCUACACCAACUCACCUAACUUAUUCUUUCCUAACUUCUACAAGUUUUUGAAGUUAUACAAGGGCUACAAUCAGUUGAAGUUUCAAAAUCAUUUAAGGAUUCUUCAUGCUUGUUUUGAAGAUCCCAAACUUCUUGACUACGAAUACGACGCAGGUGCUUGUAAAUACUUUGUCACAGUUUUUACAGACUUGAUUGUGAACAAUCGAGAUGGACAAUUUUUUGAGCUCGACGAGUUGAACUCAUUGUUUAUCAAAAACAUUAAAGAACUUAACGGUAGAGUGAGACUGAUGCUUGUAGCUACUGCUUGUCUAGUUCUUUUAAUUUCAUACAGUACAAACAUGAGACUGUGCGGUAAUUUCGUCUCUUUCAAAGCUCACCCCAAGGAGAUGUUUAAUCUGAUCUUACUUCACUCAACCAGCCCUGCAGCCGCUAUAUCACAUGUCGAGACGGAAUUGAGAGGUUGGAUAUCAGAAGGCACCGAUUUGGUUAAUUUUAUUUCUUUCAGAGAGUUCUAUCUCAAGUCGAAUUGUUCUAUCGAAGACUUGUUGCUACAAAAAUUCAACAAAUUGGUGAAUCUGCUGGCAGAGGAAAACUUGAAUAUAUUACAGGGCAAUUUUAAGUAUUGCCAGGAUACGGCAACUACACUUUGGAAAGAUAUUGGGGAUAUGACUAUUUAUAUAUAUAGAUUAUACGGGCCGUUACUCAACUGGAUAUAUGGAGAUCUUGGACGGCCCAUGGACAAUUGA